CAGCUCCCGUUACGCAACCUGGCAACCCGCGAGAGUCAGAGUGAAGGAGAGGCAGAUUGACUCCCCGCAGGGAUUCAUCAGGUUACACACAGCGCUCUUCAGAUGGCUAAAGGAGAGGAGUAAGUUAGAUAACGGCGGCGAAAACACCCCGAAGUCCUCCGGCUGGCUCCUCACUUCACCAACCGCGACACAAUGGAGCAAGAAUUCGAGGAUAUCGAUUCGUCCGGGAAAUGGCAGAACCUUUACAAUGACAUCCGCAACCAAGCCAUCGAAUAUCCGUACAAAGUAGCUAAGCUUCCAGUGAACAGGAAUUUGAAUCGCUACAGAGACGUCAGCCCAUACGAUCACAGUCGGGUAAAGCUUGAAAACGCGGACAAUGACUACAUUAACGCGAGUUUAGUCGCUGUGAAAGAAGCCGAGAGAGCUUACAUUCUAACUCAGGGCCCUUUGAGGAAUACGUGUGGCCAUUUCUGGUUGAUGGUCUGGGAGCAAUGUUCUAAAGCUGUUAUAAUGCUCAACAGAGUGAUAGAGAAAGGAUCUGAAAAGUGUGCUCAGUACUGGCCCACUUCAGAGGAGCUGCAGAUGUCCUUCACUGACACGGGUUUUGUUGUUCGACUGUUGUCAGAAGAGGACCAAUCCCACUAUACAAUCAGGGUGCUAGAACUAGAGAACACAAAGACGGGGGAAUCCAGAGAGAUCUACCACUUUCACUACACCACGUGGCCUGAUUUCGGGGUGCCAGAAUCUCCCGCCUCUUUCCUCAACUUCCUCUUCAAGGUCCGCGAGUCUGGCUCCCUGGGGCCCCAACAUGGGCCCUCAGUGGUGCACUGCAGUGCUGGGAUUGGACGCUCGGGGACGUUUGCCUUGGUGGACACUUGCCUGGUCUUGAUGGACAGGAGUAAGAGCUCGUCAUCUGUGGACAUACAGAAGGUGCUGCUGGAUAUGAGGGAAUAUCGCAUGGGCCUGAUCCAGACCUCUGACCAACUGCGCUUCUCCUACAUGUCCAUCAUCCAGGGAGCCAAGCUCAUUCUGACCUACAGCUCUGCAGAACAGAACUCACAGAUUGGCCUGUUGAGAGAAGUCCUGGAGAUGGAUCUACGACCUCCAACGCCUCCGCCCAGGCCUCACCUCAAUGCCAGCAGGCCCAACGGCCCCUGCUUGCAGCCACAGCCCAGCACAGGGGACCACCUCUCAUCGAGGGACUCAGACUGCCGCAGUAUGGCAGAUAACUCUGUGCAGCUGAGGAAGAGGCACCGUGAGGAGAGGAUCGCUGGCACAGCACAGAAGGUCCAGCAGAUGAAACAAAAACUGACUGAAUCAGAGAAGAAGCAGGAGAAGUGGCAGUACUGGAGGCCCGUCCUGCUCAGCCUGGGUUCUGGGGCUGCCCUGGCUGUCACCGUUUUGUGUUGGAUGUACUUCCAGUAAAGUAACUCUGGCUCCCCCUCAAGAAACUGACUCCUAUUUUGCACCGGUACCUUGGAUUAGGUACUUCUUUAAGUAGCCGUAGAUGGUAACAUGUGCAUAACUGAGGGUAUUUAUUAAGGUCAAAAUGCAAGAGCACUAGAUCAACCGAGUGUGUGUAUAUUUUUUCCUCAUAAGAUCUUAACAGAAAUAGUGACAUCUCAGGAUCUUUGUGCCAGCACAGUGAUUUGUUUUAUUUUUCUUUCCUCUCGUUGUCACUGUUCAAGAAUGUACUGUGUCAUAGAAACAUGACUUUGAAUGGAACUUACUAAAGGUGCAGUACAUAGAAACAAAAGAAAAUCCGACAAGUUUAUUUUUGCAUUCUUUAUUUGUAAUAAUCAAAUGUGUGUUUAUCAUCUUUGGAUACAUUUUUGCAUUUCAAAGUCAUUGUUACUGACUGUUGAUCCAACCCUUAAAAUGUAGAGAAAGUCCCCAGACUGAAGACGUUAACUUUGGGAUUUCUUUUUUUUUGAUAUCUAUGAUAAACUGCAUGUUCCAGGUUUUCUACAGCGCCAUCUGUUCUUCCACUGUUAAUAAGCAGGCCAUAUCUUUUUUCUCUUUUUUUUUCUCCCACACUAAUAAGAUUAAUUUAGAUUCUUAUGUAAAUCAUACAAACUGCCAGGUUCCUUGCCAUUUAUUGCAUGUAUUUACCCACUGGUUGGGUCCAAGUUUUCCUGCUGUUGUUUUUGUUGUUGAGAAAACCAAAGCGAAGCUGUUUGUGUUCAGGAGGUUAACAGCCAGGCCAGCUCCUGGAUGACUAAAGCCUUGUACUCCCAGGAUGUGGAAUGUAAUUUUUUUUUCUUCUUAACCCUUUGACAUAACUCACACCUGUGUUACUAAAUGAAACUACUCAUGGUACCCAUGAGGUAUUUUGUUGUUUGACUCCUUCAUUUGAAUCAAUAGCAUCACCAGGUUGCUCUCCAGUUAACAGGGACCAGUCUGUAGCUACAGCAGUGCAUGUAGGAGCUGAAUUAAAUCUGAGGUUGGCAGAAAUUGUUGAUUAAAUCUGCAAACGUUCCUAAAGUAAUAGAUGUGCCAAGGUAUGCUAACAGUUCAGCUACCUUUUUAUUAACAGAAUCUGCUGUGCAAUACAUUAAAUCAAUUUUCUGCCAAAUGUCUUGAGCAUCAAAAUAAGAUGGCUGAUGGGCUGCUGCUGCUGCUGCUUACUGCAAACAGGUUUUAGUUUUCACAGAAGUCCAAAGAUACGCUCUGGCUCUCAGAAGUGUACACACCCCUGAUAAAAUACCAGGCUUUUGUGAAGUAAAAAUAUUGCCCUGGAAUAUGAUUCUGUUCACAAUUCAAAAAAUACUUUAUGGAUCUCAAAGAAAAAUUAAAUGUUGUUGUGACUCACAUUAAUUAGACAGCUUCACUGUUGAGUCUCAAGUCCAGUCCGUAGAAAUCAGGAGUCUGACUUGUACUGGAAGUCUGAAGUGUACAGAGUGAAAAGUAAUGGUGAGAGGACAGAGCCCUGCGGUUCUGCUGUGCUGCAGACUGCCUGGUUAAACACACAGUCCUUGAGUCUGUUUGUCAGGUAGUCAUUGAGCCAUGUGAUUGUUCAGGCCUCCACCUGAUAAAUCAUUUCCAAAAUAUUUUCACACAUAAAUGGGAAAAUAUAGAGUAGUUGUCUUGCAAUCGAAAGGUGGUAGAUUCGAUUCCAGCUGCUGCAUGUUGAUGUGCCUCUGGGCAAGGCACUUAACCCCAAAUUGCGUACCGAUCAGUGUACAAGUGUAUAUCAGUGAGUCCGAAUGGGUGAAUGUGACUAGUGUAAAGUGCUUUGAGGGGUCAAAAUGACUGGAAAAGUCAAUUUAUCAUUACAUCCUUGAGUUACUUUCUGAUUUAGUUUUACCAAUCUGUUGUGUCUGUAAGAGCCUAUCAGCAAUCCUACGUACUGACUUGACAAUAAUUUCCCACUCCAAAUCUAAUUCUCAGGACAGCUCUUGAAUUUUCUUCUGCAGAAGCUCUUCUCAAAUUGGUUUGAUCUAUGCUUGGACUGGCAUUGAUACAGAGAAAUAAAAUCUCUUUUCGUCUGAAGAUUUUGGGCCAAGGUUCACUAGUACUUCACACUGAGUUGUUUCCACAAACAUGAAAACCACUCGGAGUGAAGAACGGUAGCCAAGCUUCUUGGCGCAGACAGGAGGGGACCACUGCUUGUACAUAUUGAUCACAACCAGACCUGAAGCUCUUCAGUACUGCUGCCAGCCUCCCUGAGCAAUUUUCACCUUCUCAAUAAUCCUGGGAUAAACAUCCAUAUUUCCUCUUGUCCCUUUUCUCCCACAUUUUGCUUUUUGUCCCAUAUUUUCCUCUAAAUAGUAUGUUGACUGUGCCAUGGUAUAAAUAUAUUUAAUUCUAUCUAUUUUUUUUUUUUUUUGUAUUCUUGUAAAAUGAAAACCCUCUGAUCUUUUGUAACCUGCCUAUGCACUCUUACUUUAAGGGAAAGUAUGCAUAUGUGUUCACUUUAUUAAAUCCAUCAUAACUGGUGACAGAUAUGAACUCAACAAGACUAAAUACUGAAGCUGAAUCAAGAGGAACUUAAAAAAA